AUGACUUCUGAUUGGCUUCAUAAUUAUCCUGAUAGUAGGUUACUCAAUCAACCGAUUCUAAUAUCUGAUCAUGCUGCUAUAUUCUUUGAUGACUCUCCGUUCAUUCAACUGUCUAACCGUCCUUACCAACUGGACAACUGGUGCUUGGAAUAUCAAGAUAUUCAUGACUUUGUUCUUUCUACUUGGCAACGCAAUGUCAAUGGCUCGCCAAUGUUCACUCUCUCUAAGAACAUGCAACAUGUCAAGUCUCUUAUAAGGAACUGGUGUCUCAACAACAAGAAAUUUUGGGGUAUAGAUUGGAAAAAUUUUACGAAGGAUCUUGCUACUGAGGGUGAGCUAGUUCAAUCUCUCGCUGAUGCCUCUCUCUACAUGACCAAAAUUGUUACUUCAAAAGAGAGUAAUUUGUUGCAGCUGCAAUUCUGGAGACAACGCUGUAAGAAAAACUGGAUUCUUAAAGGCGAUUGUCCUUCGAAACUGUUGUUUUCGAAGGUUAAAUGUCAACAAAAGAAGAAUGAGAUUAGUUCCUUGUUAGACGACCAAGGAACUCUUCAGUAUGGCCAGACGGAUGUCCAAAGUGUGGUAGUGAAAUCCCUAAAAGAUACCUUUCAAUGUGAUACUAUGCCUCCCUAUGAUCCGGAGAUUGAUGUUGUUCUACGAGAAUUAGAUCUUCCACAACUCAAUUCUUCUCAGCUUGCAAACCUGGAUCGUCCCUUCUCUUCUUCUGAGAUUCGCACUGCUAUGUUUUCUUUAGGGAAUAAGGUGGGGCAUUUACGUCCUAUCGGCCUUUGCAAUACAGUGUACAAAUGUGCUUCUAAGUGUUUGGUGGCAAGGGUGCGCCAUUAUCUUCCCUUUCUCAUCUCAGAUUCUCAGCAUACCUUUGUUCAAGGCCGCGUCAUGACGGACAAUAUUUUGAUGAGUCACGAGCUAAUGGAGAAAAUUAAUAGUUCAAAAACUGGCACGAAUUGGCUCGCUUCGAUUAAAAUUGAUAUGAGCAAGGCUUAUGACAGAAUCCACUGGAGUUUUCUUUUGCAGUUUCUUAAAGCCUACGGGUUUCCGGAACGUUGGUUACAGAUGAUCCAACAAUGUCUUGCCACGGUUUCUUACAAAUCCUUGAUUAACGGCACUACAUCGGAAACCUUUAAACCACGUUGUGGUCUUCGCCAGGGUGACCCCAUCUCACCGUACCUUUUCCUUUUCUGCAUGGAUAUAUUCUCUCGUAUGCUGCAUUUGGGACAUGAUUUGAAGCUUUUUCAAGGAAUUAAGUUGUCUAGAAGGAGCCCUACUAUCUCCCAUUUAUUCUUUGCGGAUGAUGCGCUCAUCUUUUUUAGGCCUUCGUCUACAACCUGUACAAAUAUCAUACAGAUUAUUCAGCGGUUUACUAAGAUUUCAGGCGAACAACUAAACUUGUCAAAAUCCUUGAUUAAGUUUAGCCCUAAUAUCUGUUCGGCGGCCCAGCAGGGCUUCAAAUCGCUUUUUCAUAUGAAGCAUGUUCAAGUGUUUGAUCAUCAUCUGGGGGCUCCAAUUGACUUCGUCGGGAGAAAGAAAGAUCAUUUUCAGUUUCUCAUCAACAAAAUUACGGGCCGAAUUAAUUGUUUAAAUAUUAUACGCCUCUCACAAACACAGAAGUUAAUUUUUAUUAACUCAAUCCUUGUUGCUAUGGCUUCCCAUGUUCUCGCCUGUUAUGAAUUACCCGUCUCUGUGACUGGGAAAAUUAACUCUUUACUGUUGCGUUUCUUCUGGGCGCAUUCUGAUACUAAAGGUAUGCAUUGGUUGCUAGUUUCUAAAGUUUUUAGUGCUCGCACGACCUUUCUCUCCAACUCCCCUAAUACUGGGCCGCGUUAUUCUGGUCGCCACUCCUACGGCCUUUGGGGUUUGCUCAAGGCGAACACUCUGCUGAAUUUCGGUUGUAACUGGAAACCUGGUGAUGGCAAAUCCACUCUAGCAGGGUCAGCCAAGUGGGUUAAUGGCAGCAUUCCUGAAUUCAAACCAGGAAUUCUUAUGCCACAUUAG